AUGACUCGAAUAAAACUCUUUGGGAAAGAAAUUGAAGUGGAGGAGGAGCCGAAGACCAUAAAGCUAUUUGGAACACGCAUUUACCCAUGCAACGUUGAACAACAACAAGAACAAGAAGCGGCAUUACAAGAGAAUUUGCCUCCAACAAAUAUGUGUCAGGCUAUUCGACUUGCCGGAGGGAGUGGACUGGUUUACAUCGGAAGGAAGAAGGCAGAAGAAUCAGACAUCAACCCAGAAUUGAGCAGGCUCUUAAUUCCGGGUACAUUCGACAAAGAACUACUCAAUAACUUGAGUGAAGAGGAGAGAAUCAAGUUAGAGAACGAUGAUAAAGAUAAAAGUUUUGAGGUCAAAGUAAUGGAUCAAGAGGGUAACUUUCAUAAGAUGAAGUUCACCAGAUGGCAGAGCUUGAAUAGAUUUGUGCUUAACAAAGGAUGGAACAAUCUUGUGGAAGCUAACAAUCUUCAAAAGGGAGAUACAGUUGAUCUCUGGCACUUCCGAAUUCCUUUGAAAUUGUGUUUUGCUAUAAAUAUCAUUAAGAACUAG